AUGUACCAAGUCCACAGUCUGACGCUGGGAGGUGUUAUAACUUCUAAAGCAGAAGACCUCGAACAAGGUGCUUCUAACCAGUUCGCUUUGACAACCCGGCUAAAUUGCGAGAACGAGGAGCCGCGGAGCCAAGAGGCCAGCAAAAAGGGUUCCAGUCUGGAGGUGCCCGGCCUCGGCCAGCGUCUGUUAGUCAGAAAAAGAGGCAUAAUUGGUUCAGUCUGCUCGACCGGCCUUGUUUCCUCUGCCGACUCAGUGAACGUCUGCCCCUCCCGUUUUCUUCUGGCCCCGCUCGACCAGAAAGUUCAUAGAAACUCCUUCUGCCGGCCAUGUUUAUCUAUGCAUGCCCGCCUCAUCAGAGCUAUGUGCACAGAUGGACACAGCGACCACUCUCACUAUGGCAUUGUGGUGUUCCGCAAAUCGGCCUUCCAUCCUCGUGCCAUAAAACCUGUCUUGCCCUUAAGAGUUCAAAUGGGCUCGGCCUUUUAG